AUGCCCAAAUCUGCCACAUGUGAUGCAACUUCCCUCCGGGAAUUUUCCUCCUCCCUGUCCUCCACCUCGUGCCCCACCUCGUCCUCCACCUCGUGCCUCACCUCGCCCUCCACCUCGUGCCCCACCUCGUCCUCCACCUCGCCCUCCACCUCGCCCUCCACCUCGUGCCCCACCUCGUCCUCCACCUCGCCCUCCACCUCGCCCUCCACCUCGCCCUCGCCCUCCACCUCGCCCUCCACCUCGCCCUCCACCUCGUGCCCCACCUCGCCCUCCACCUCGCCCUCCACCUCGCCCUCCACCUCGUGCCCCACCUCGCCCUCGCCCUCCACCUCGCCCUCCACCUCGCCCUCGCCCUCCACCUCGCCCUCGCCCUCCACCUCGCCCUCCACCUCGUGCCCCACCUCGCCCUCCACCUCGCCCUCCACCUCGCCCUCCACCUCGUCCUCCACCUCGUCCUCCACCUCGCCCUCCACCUCGUCCUCCACCUCGCCCCCCACCUCGCCCUCCACCUCGCCCUCCACCUCGCCCUCCACCUCGUCCUCCACCUCGUCCUCCACCUCGCCCUCCACCUCGUCCUCCACCUCGCCCUCCACCUCGUGCCCCAUCUCGCCCUCCAUCUCGCCCUCCACCUCGCCCUCCACCUCGUCCGUCCCUUCCGCCACGGCCCCGUCCACACCCUCUUUGAUCACCUCGGAAAAUCAAUUCAACAGAACAUACAUCAGAAGUGUAAUCAUCAGAUUCACCCUGUGUUAA